CUUCGGUAAAGAUUUUAACCUUGCCUUGUGUUUCAUGUGUUAUCGUUUCAAUGGAUAUAUGAUGUUUUCUUAUUUAACAAGUUUUACUUAAUACAAUCUAUUUAUUGUUGCAUGGUUGCAUGAUGGCCGCUUUCUUGAACCGCACUAUCCCUUCAAGUGGGCCUAGCCCUCUCAUCCCAAUUGAGCACUCACGUAAUUCAUCUUCUCCGCUUCAGAGGUUCGUGAAGGGCAAAAGGAAGAUCAACGACAUAUUUGUUGAAAUAGAAGAUUACGUCCUUGACUCCAGUAAUUAUGUUACUGUAGUUCAUGGCGAAAACAAGGUAAUUGUCGAGGAUAAUGAAGUUAAUUUAGUCACCGGCUAUGUACAGAAAGUGAAAGGCAUUAGAGAUGUAUUGUCCAGGGAUCACAUGAAAGUUGCCUUCUUCGGCAGAACCAGUAAUGGAAAGAGUAGUGUUAUUAAUGCCAUGUUGCGGGAUAAGAUCCUUCCCAGUGGUAUCGGCCACACUACCAACUGUUUUCUCCAAGUUGAAGGCUCAGACAACUCAGAAUCCUACCUAAUGACUGAAGAUUCUAAAGAAAAACAAAAUGUAAAAUCUGUUGGUCAACUUGCUCAUGCCUUGUGUAAGGAGAAGCUGUCAGAAUCUCAACUGGUAAGAAUAUUUUGGCCGAGAGAUAAAUGUUUUCUUUUGAGGGAUGAUGUGGUGUUCGUCGACUCUCCUGGAAUUGACGUUUCUCCUAAUUUAGAUGAAUGGAUCGACAAGCAUUGCCUUGAUGCGGAUGUUUUUGUUCUGGUGGCUAAUGCUGAAUCAACACUUAUGGUUACCGAGAAAAACUUUUUCCACAAAGUAUCGACACGACUUUCGAAACCGAACAUAUUUAUUUUAAACAACCGAUGGGACGCUUCAGCAUCUGAGAUGGAAUUUCAAGAUCAGAAUGAAAUUAUACAAAAUCAGGUCAGAGCACAGCAUAUGGAGAGAGCUGCCGAUUUUCUUGUCAAGGAACUUAAAGUGUGCACCUCUAAGGAAGCCAAUGAGAGGAUAUUCUUUGUCUCAGCCAAAGAAGUGCUUCAAGCGAGACUUCAAGAAGAAAAAGGGUUACCUCCUCAUAGUGGAGCAUUAGCAGAAGGAUUUCCGAAUAGAUAUUUUGAGUUUCAAGAUUUUGAAAGAAAAUUUGAAGAAUGUAUAUCGAAAUCAGCAAUUAAGACCAAGUUUGAACAGCAUUCACUCCGUGGAAAAUCUAUAGCUCAAGAUAUUCGUGAAGUGAUGGAAACGGUCUAUGAGCGGGCUCUUUCACUUCAGAGAGAUAAAUCCCUGCAGAAGAAAGAAGUAAACGAUAAAUUGAACUUUACUGAACAACAGCUGCUCCUGAUUACACAGGAGAUGAAAGAGAAGAUUCACCAUAUGGUUGAAGAUGUAGAACAGAGGGUUUCGAAGGCAAUGGGUGAGGAAAUACGUCGCCUUUCCAACCUUGUUGAUGAAUUCAAUGUACCCUUCCACUCAGAUAUGUUAGUUCUCAAUGUCUAUAAGAAGGAACUUCACAGUCACGUUGAGAACGGUCUCGGCUCCAACUUAAGAGCCCGCCUUAGUACAGCUGUCGCGAUGAAUAUUGAGGCAGCUCAGAGAGAUAUGACAGAAAGAAUGUCUGCUCUGCUACCUGCUACGAAGCAGGGGGUCACCCACUCAGUUGUACCUCGAAGGGAGCCAUUUGAGGUACUCUACAGGAUAAACUGUGACAACUUAUGCUCCGAUUUCCAGGAAGACCUUGAGUUCAGAUUUUCUUGGGGAAUAUUGUCUCUCAUUUCACGAUUUUAUAACCGUGAUAAACCUAGGCAGACAUCUAAUAAUUAUCAAUCCAUGCCAAACUAUGGCCCGAGCAUGCUAUCUCCUUGUGAUUCAUCAGAAAUGUCUUUCUACAACUGUCCUCCAUCUCCGUCUCCUCAACCUACUUCUAGUUCAUUUUUGCGACCUGAGGACUGGACCCUUGCAUCCAAAUUUGCUCUCGCCUCAGUCGGGUCUCAGGGUACUGUUGGAGGUCUGUUACUUGCAGGCAUGGUGUUGAAGACAGUUGGUUGGAGAGUAAUUGCUGUAACAUCUGCUCUAUACGGUUGCCUUUACUUGUAUGAAAGACUUACUUGGACAAAUAAAGCAAAAGAAAAGGAAUUCAAGCGACAGUAUGUUGAUCACGCUACCAAGAAGCUGAAGUUGAUAGUGGAUUUAACAUCAGCCAACUGCAGCCAUCAAGUUCAACAAGAAUUGUCUAGUACUUUUGCCAGACUUUGCCACCUAGUAGAUGAAGCCACAACGGAAAUGGGUACUGAUAUGAAAGCCCUCGAGAAGGAGCUUUUGAGGCUAGAAGAAGCCGCAAACUCAGCCAAAGUCUUGAGGAACAAGGCAUCUUACGUUAUCAAAGAAUUAGAUAUGUUCGACGAGGUUUACCUUAGGGGUACAGAUGGUUAAGUGAUGGCGUUUCUAGUAAAAUUUUAACCGUUAAUAUGACACAUCACAAAUGUUAACCACAAUGUACAAACAAGAUGUAUAAUAAUAUGUAUGUUGGAUCUUGUCGAGCAGAGAUCAUGUUCGAGUUAGCGUGUAUAUUAACUUGUAGCCCUGAUGUAUUUUGGAAUUGUUAUGUUUUAUUUAUUUUAUUUCUUGUUAUUGUGAUGUUUACGAAUAGAAGACUAAAAUUAUAGUCUAUAUUUAUUAUAUUUUUAACAAUUUAAUUAAUUGUAAAAAAGAAAAGGAUGGCUAACAUUUUAACAAAGGUUGUGUAAACUUGUACGUGUAAUGUAAUGCGAUGGUUUCUAUAACUUUAAGUUAUUGUUGCUUUUCAAUUAUUCUCGAAAUAGACUACAUCUUCCAAAACGUGAAGCUUAAUAAUUUUAACUUUUUUGAAGAUCAUCACUAUUUAUCCCUUAAAUAUUUCUUUAAAAAUUUGAAAGGGUUUCUUUCUUUCUUUUUUUUUUUUUUUUUAAUUGAAAAUACUUGUUCCUAUUCUGAAUAACAUUGCCUAAUAUCGCCUGUGAUAAUUUCAAAGGCAUUAUUAAGUAAAUGUAUAGUCCAUUUACUAAUUUCCUUCCGAUUUGUAGCCAUGUUUAUUGAAAAAAAAAAAAAGUUUUAUUCUAAUUGUAGAAAAUAAUGGUCUUAUGGAUUUGGUCAAAUAGUUUAAUAAACACCUUAAUUUUAAAUUAAAUAAAUAAAUGUUAUUAAAUUCCAAAAAUUAUUGUUCAUAAACUCUUAGCAAAUUUUUAUUUUAUUAUUUUCAUU